AUGGGUUUGAGCAAUAGACCGCUCGUCAUCGACGCCAAGGAUCACUUGUUAGGCAGACUUGCCUCGGUAACCGCCAAACAGCUUCUCAAUGGACAAAAGGUUGUCAUCGUUCGAUCUGAGCUGAUCACGAUCUCUGGCAACUUCCACCGAUCAAAGCUGAAGUACCUCUCCUUCCUUCGCAAGCGACUCAACGUUAACCCAUCGCGUGGUCCCUACCAUUUUCGGUUGGUUUACGGUUUCGCCAAGAUCUUCUGGCGAACAGUGCGAGGAAUGCUUCCGCACAAGAGCAACCGUGGACAGCUUGCACUUCAACGUCUAAAAGCCUUCGAGGGAUGCCCAGCACCAUACGACAAGACCAAGAAGAUGGUUCUCCCAACAGCCAUGAGGUUCCUCGCCCUUAAACCACGCCGAAAGUUCUGCACAGUUGGACGUCUUGCUCACGAAGUUGGAUGGCAAUACAAGGGAGUGGUUGAGAAGCUCGAAGAAAAGAGAAAAGUCAAAGGUGCCGCAUAUCACGAAGGACAGAAGAAAUUGCGCAAACUGAAGGUUCAAGCACUCAAGAACGCCGCUGCGAAGAUUGCUCCAUUGCAGAAGAUCAUCGAGGCAUUCGGAAGCCAU